UGAAUUCCUAAAGAUAUAUGCACUAAUGCAGUGCACUCCGGAUUUAUCGGACAAGGAUUGUGAUUCCUGCCUAAGGCAAUCCGUUGCUUAUUAUGAAAGCUGUUGCCAUGGAAAGCAGGGAGGUUAUGUUCAGAAGCCUAACUGUUGGUUUAGAUGGGAUUUGUAUCCCUUCUAUGUACCGGAUACCUCUACUACCGCCCCAAAAUGCUACGACGACACUGGUAAUUUCACAACAAAUAGUACUUACGGCAAAAAUCGCGACUCUAUUCUCGAUUCACUCCCACUUAAGGUCUCUGCAAACGGUGGAUUCUUCAAUCCCACUAUUGGCCAGAACUCCGACAAAGUUUACGCUCUUGGUAUGUGCGUAGGAGGAAACUCUUCAGACCUUUGUUAUAGAUGUCUCAGUUUCACAAUCAACAAUCUCAUAGAUAGCUGUCCCAACCAGAAAGAAGCCCUUUCAUGGGGAGGUGACAUCUUAUGUUUUGUGCGCUAUGCAAACCGCUCGUUUUAUGGAAAGCUGGAGCUAGAGCCAGUAAUGGAAUCCCCUGACAGUAGUGUCAUCACAUCAAACUUAACAGAAUUCGAUAUGGUUUGGGAUAGUUUGAUGGAGAGACUGAUGACGAAGGCUUCCACCCGCUCAUCUAGUCUUAAGUAUGCAACUGAGGAAGCAGAAUUUACAGUAGACCAAAAGAUAUAUGCACUAAUGCAGUGCACUUCUGAUUUAUCAAAGUGGGAUUGUAAAGCCUGCCUAAUGGCAUCCGUGGCUGACUAUGGACGCUGUUGCCAUGGGCAGCAAGGUGGUUAUAUUCAGAGACCUAACUGUAUUUUCAGGUGGGAUCGGUACCCCUUCUAUGUAACCAAUGCUUCUUCCAAUACUGCAUCCUUAACUCCUCCAACCGCACCUGGUAGUCCUUCCGUAGUUACAAAAGGUGAGGGAUCAGAUGAACAAAAAAAAUCAAUAUGGCUUCCACUUGGUGCAAGUUUAUCAGCUGCUCUUGGACUAGCUCUGUUUUCUGCUUGUGCUUUUUUCAUCUGGAGGAGGAGAAACAUUCAAGAGGAUAAAGAAGAUAGUGGAGAAGUUCAGUUACUUGACAUGAUGGUGGGAAGCGCUCCUCACGAUAACUUAAGCGAAAAAUUUAAUCUAGACGAUGUGGGAAGAUCCCAGGAGUUUCCUUCAAUGCAAUUGCAUAUUUUACAAGCAGCAACGAAUAGUUUUUCUGAUGAAAAUAAGCUCGGACAAGGUGGCUUUGGCCCUGUAUACAAGGGCAUUCUAGCAGAUGGUAAAGAAAUUGCAGUAAAAAGGCUGUCGAAAACUUCAAGUCAAGGGCUGCUUGAGUUCAAGAAUGAAGUCAUGUUAAUUGCCAGAUUACAGCAUAGAAAUCUUGUGCGGCUCUUGGGAUGUUGCUUAGAGAAAAACGAAAAGUUGCUUGUAUAUGAAUUCAUGCCCAACAAAAGCCUUGACUUGUUCCUAUUCAAUUCGAGUUUAGCUGCACAACUGACUUGGCAGAAACGAUUAAACAUCAUUAGAGGAACUGCCAGAGGUAUCAUGUAUCUGCACGAAGAUUCUCGCCUUAGAAUCAUCCACAGAGACCUUAAAGCAAGUAAUGUUUUACUUGAUCAUGAAAUGAACCCGAAAAUUUCAGACUUUGGCAUGGCAAAAAUUUUCGGUGGAGAUCAGAACGAAGCAAAUACAAAUAGAGUAGUUGGAACAUAUGGGUACAUGGCGCCCGAGUAUGCAAUGGAAGGACAUUUUUCUGUCAAAUCUGAUGUUUUCAGUUUCGGAGUUCUUUUGCUGGAGAUUAUAACCGGAAAGAGGAAUAACGGGUUUCAUUUAUCAGAACAUGGUGAAAGCCUCUUGAUUUUUGCAUGGAAGCUAUGGUCUAAAGGUGAAGCGAUGGAGCUAAUAGAAGAGCAUGUUCUCGAGUCGAGUGUGCCGACUGAGGUGCUUAAAUGCAUUCAAAUCGGCCUAUUGUGCGUGCAAGCAGAUCCGGUAGACAGACCAACCAUGACAACUGUGGUUGCCAUGUUGGGAAACGACACCAUAACGCUGCCUCUACCAGCAGAGCCUGCUUUUUAUGUUAGGCGUAUUGUUGCAGAACCAAUUCAACCCAAUUCAAGUGACAAAAUCUGUUCUGUUAAUGAGGUUACGAUUUCGAAUAUGUCGCCUAGGUGAUUGAUUAGUUGUUGAGUCUUCCUUUGUCUUCAUUACUUCAAGUAUAUGAUUGUUCCUGAA